UUCUCUCGCACAACACUGCCACCCGUUCCCGGGAUGUCGCAAUACCGUUUUUGAUAGCCUUUGAACCGUCUCAGGCGUCCUGCAUUUCGUUAUAGUUGGAUUCACAGAGAGAGGUUGUUUUCAACUACCGAGACAAAAUGUGGAAAGUUGUGCUUUAUGCAGCUGUUAUGCUUUCAGCUACUAGCUACGCGCAAACGAUGCCCCCGAGCCAGUGUGACGUCGCCGCCAUCAACUCCUGCACCACCAGCCUCGCUGACUCCAUCCGCGACGGCACGGAGUCCACUGACAGCACCUGCAGAGCUGCUGACAUGGUUGUGAUGUGCCUGAACAAGCUGACAUCGUGUAUGGAUGACCCUGCCUUCACACAAGCCAGACAGUGGAUGGACUCACUGCAACUGAAAGACUCAUGUCCUCACCUUGGCCAGUACCCCCAUGCUAGCGCUGGCGACAUCCCAGCAUUCACAGCAGUCCUGCUACUGAUCCCUCUACUGACUCUCUGGAUCUUCACAUAAACAUCCUGUCGAAGAGGCAUCAAUGUCGUUUGAAUAUUAAAUAUUUUUUAAU